UUACAAAAUCUAAACAAAAUGAAAAAGUCACUAUGCCAAACCUUUUUCCAGAAUCGGAUAACCAGUUAUUAGAAUUAUUAUCUCCAGCAAUGCGAAAAAAAAUUAUUAUCCCAUCUACAAAAAAUAAAUGGGCCGAAUCACUUGAAUAUGUGCAGUAUAGAAUUGAAGAUAUAAUUAUUCCGGAUAGGAUGGAAUCUUGGGAUGGCACAAAUUUUUCCCUUAGACAUAAUUCUGAUCAUAUAACGAAAUUAGAAGGAGAAUAUAAGGAUGUACCAAUAUCUAUAAAAUAUAAAAAUAAAUGGGUUACUAAAACAGGACAUGUUGUUGUUAUUGAUGAUAGAAAACCCGAUUACCUUCUUUGUUUAAGAACGCCAUGGAUUCGAAAAGUUCAAGGAAUUCUAGAUACAAACAAACAUAAAUUUCGAAUAAUAGUUCAUAGAAAAUCUUAUAUUAUUCCAACCUUUACUAAGCCAAUCAAGGAUAAUAUUUUAUCAAGCCUUUAUACAACAGUGAUUCAGGAUAAUAAUUCAAAAAAUCAAACUUUCGAUUCUUUUACCAAGAUCGAUACUAAAGAGGAGCCAGCAUCUAAUGAAGAAAAAGAGUCCCAAGUCUCUGAUUCAUUCACUGAAAAUCUAAAAAAAAAAACAUAA